CAUAUGGGAGCUACUUCCAAGAUUGGCCGCUGGAAAGCGCCAGUUUUUGUGUAUGUCUCUCCCUUCUCUUUCCCUCUCGUCUCUCAAUCUCACUCCCCCGUUUUGUUUUUCCCCCUAUUCAUGUUUGUAUGUGCCUUUUCCUUUUGCUGGAGCUGCCAUCACUACCAGCUUGCGGAGAAGCGCAGAGAUCCGUAGGACUUUGAGGGGAGGGGGGAAGGCGAUUCUCUCUUUGUUGUCUCGUCAACUGGAUGCGUGCAUUGUUCGAAUCUGAUCUUAUUUGCAGGCUACAGUCGACCGUUGGCAGCUGGGUUGAAGCUGCUUGUUUUCGUGCUUGCUGGGUCGUCGGUAAACUUCAACUUACGAGGUCUACUCUACGCCCCGAAGUUUGCCAGUUUUUAUAGAAGCUGGGUGUGGUGGGAUGUGCGUACCCUCGCAGACGGACCUUAUGGAGCUGGAAUCUGCAAAUGGUUGCGGGUAGGGGAGGAGUGGCUGGAAGGCGAGGAGGUGCAAAGCAGGUUUUAUUGUAGUUUAAGGUCAGGUGUCUCAUUUAUCUCACAAUGAGGCCCGACCCGCCCGCGCCUGAGCGCUCAGGGUUUUUCUCUGGUAAGAUGCUUCAGAGGACGCUGCACAACUCGCGCAUUACUAUCUUGUGCGGGGUUGUCACUAUACUUGUCCUUCGAGGUACCAUCGGCAGCGGCGUCGACAAAACCCAUUUUCUCGAUUUGACUCUGGACAUGGACGAUAUACCGGACGUGGAAUGGGACCCAUCGGUGCCAUUUACUCUAGGACCUACGAUCACCAACUGGGACGAGCAGCGCGCGAAGUGGAUUUCGAAGCACCCUGGUGAGAACAGUAAUCUCCGAGGCAAGGAUCGAAUGUUGCUCGUCACAGGCUCCCAGCCUAAGCAGUGUGAGAAUCCCGUUGGCAACUUCCAGCUGCUUAAGGCGCUAAAGAAUAAAAUAGAUUACUGCCGGUUGCAUGACAUCGACAUCUUCUACAACAUCGCGCACUUGGACAUCGAAAUGGCGGGAUUUUGGGCGAAGCUGCCCUUGCUGCGGAAGCUUUUAUUGGCGCACCCGGAGAUUGAGUGGAUCUGGUGGAUGGACUCGGACGCACUCUUCACAGAUAUGACGUUUGAGAUUCCCAUUGAGAAAUACAAGAGCUACAACAUGGUGUUGCACGGGCUGGAAGACGAGGUUUACGACCAGAAAAGCUGGUUAGGACUCAACACCGGUAGUUUUCUCUUCCGCAACUGUCAGUGGUCACUCGAUCUUCUCGAGGUUUGGGCGCGAAUGGGGCCCAAGGGUCCAGUUCGAGUGGAAGCUGGCAAGCUUCUCACCGCCACGCUCGCUGGUCGGCCGGAGUUCGAAGCAGACGACCAGAGUGCACUGGUGUACUUGUUGGCGAUGAACAAGGAGAAGUGGGGUUCCAAGGUAUUUUUGGAGCAUUCUUACUGUUUGCAUGGUUACUGGGUCAUGCUGGUGGAGCGGCUUGAGGAAUUGAUGGAACUCGGCCCGCGUGGUGGCGAAAAAAACUCUUUUCGGUGGCCGUUUGUGACGCAUUUCGUGGGUUGCAAGCCGUGCGGUAGGGACGGGACCAGUCACUAUGCUACAGAUCGAUGCCUCAAGCACAUGGAGCGCGCCUUCAACUUCGCGGAUAAUCAAAUUCUUGAGCACUAUGGGUUCCACCAUCAGACGCUUAAUACUUACAAAGUUCACCAAGUUCGCAACGACUCCUCCGAUCCUCUGGGGAUUUCUGAUCGUAUACCUUCGCGGUAGCAGGGUUUUGACCGUGCACAGAGAACUACCUCGUGAGCACGAGACCAGAGACGUCGAUUGGCAGUGUGUCCAUGGCGUUUGCUUCCUUCAGUAGCUACCUCCUUGUAAUGCAUGUGAGGUUUUGAGCUUAAGGGGACGAUUCGGGACCUUCGCACUUCUGGCCAUAGCUGGUGAUCACGUCGAUGCGUUUCUGCCUCUGCAACAUUUGUGAAUAGCGGAGCAUAUUAAUGUCUUUUGCGGUGGAAUUGAGCCGGCAUAGGAGAUCUGACAACGUCGCGCAUUUAUCCAGUGGAACUUUGCGGGGUGUACAAUCCCUUUUCUACUUUUCCAAGGCCACGAAUUGUGGUUCAGCAUUUCCGACUCGAUCGACAUCAAUCGUUAGUGAGGAUGAUCCCCUGUGAUGUAUUUGUAUACUAUCAUCGCAAUCGGAGGAUGACAUCAUGAGUAGUAGGUUUUACGGAAAUCGGCUUUAGAUUCAUUGUUUGAUCCAAUUCGUCAACAUAAAACUUGACGGCAUCUGGAAACCAUCGCUCACUUAAACCUCCGGCAUAGAGGAGUACUCAGUACUUUCACUCUCCCUCCACAAGCAAUUAGCGUCAUCGCUUGUGAUACUAACUACCAACUGGCGAUGUGUUCAACUUUUAACAGACCUAUUUGUCUGCUUAGUGCUCGCUUCCAGUGAAUACAUUCAAACUUGCAGAUCUUUUCGACUCAAAUAAGUCUCAACUUGAGUU